GGGGCCGGGGCGGCGAGGCCGGUGGUGCCGCAGCUGGGACCGGGAGCGUGGGCCCUGGGUUGUGCGCUGUGUUGGCCCGCGGGCGGGCCGGCAGGCCGGGUGGGCAGCAGCUCCCCGGCUGCUCCGCGCCCGGCUCCGGACCCGUCUCCACGCCUGGGCGCUACAGCCCGCCAGAAGUCUUUCUGCAUCUCCUGUAGGCCCUCGUCCCUCCAAAGCGGCCGGUCUUGGUAGCUUCUGCUGGGCUGGCCUCAGGUGUGCGGCCACAGUCGCUGGCAGUUCCCCUGACUGUGCCAGGGCAGGUCGGGAACCGGCAGGCGAAGUCAGAUGUGCCCCUCCUGGGUGCGCUUCCCGGAGGAGCUUCUCUUAGUGCCCAGGCAGGCAUCGUGUGGUGUCCCGUUCCCUUGCCCGGUGCCGCGUCUGAAUCUGGCUGGGAGGGAAGGGGGCUAUGCGAGGGUAGCCUCACUCAGAGCUGCUUUGGUUAGUGUGCUCUGCCCUUGAUGCUCAUGGGCAGCUUAUUUUGGUCAGACUGAAGGUCUGCGUGUUCCAGCACACUGUUUGUCAGAGGCCAAAGCUAGAUGCCAAGGCAAUAGUAGCAAGUGUCCAGUUUCCAAGUAGUUUUGCAGUUUGGCUUUGCCUUGAGCCACUUGUGAUGCCUGUGUUGAAUAGUGCUGAAUGUCCAUUUACUUGGUAAACUCUAGUAAGCCUGGACUAGAUGCUGUCUUAUACCUUCUUUCUCCUGCUUUGGAAGCAAGGCCUUUCUCUUUUCCUAACGGAUCCUGGUAUCUCCUUGUUGCCACAAAGAAAUGGGGAUUGUUCUCUGUGUGUUCCUGACUUGAGCCCCUUUCCUGCUGCUGUGUUAUGUUAAGGGAAGAUGUGUUUCUGCUCUCCCCCCUGCUCUGAGUGAUCAGGCUGUCAGUGUGAGAGCAGUGUUCACAGGUGAUUCAUCAGCUCUUGAGUGUUGAGGACUGUGUCCUGUGGCUCAGGUGGAUUGUCCUCGUGGCUGGAAAAAGCUUACAGGUUAUAUGUCGAUCUUACAGUAAUCCUGAUUUAAGUAUUGAAUCAGAGGGCUGCGGUAUUGGCCAGAAGAAAGAAGUAUUGGGGUGUGUGCAUAAAAAUUUAUGGUGAAAAGUUUAUGCAAGCAAGCCUUUGUUCAUGUUUUAUUGGCAUGUGCACUUAAUGGUGAAUUAAUAUUCCUUUUUCUCGUGGUAUGAAAGUGUGGGGGAGUGGAAAGGGGGGAGGAAAAAUAAAUCUUGAAUUAAUGGGUGUUUGUGAAAAUGCUGUCCUUAGCGUUUUGACAAGAUUGACAUGUGGUUUUGUCUAAGGCUGCAUUUUAGGGGGGAGGCAGAGAAAGGGACAAAGCUCCUUGAGGAGAGUUGUCUGUUUUCCUGUUCUGACAGUUUGCUGGAUAUCUGCUAUCAGGGUUGGUUAAAAACUUACGGCUACUUACUUCCAUCUGACAGCCAGAUGUCUGCCUUGCAGUCGGGAAAAGCUGUGCAGUCUGCAGUUGCAACUAUGCAACAGUUCUAUGGGAUCCCAGUAACAGGAGUUUUGGACCAGACAACUAUUGAGUGGAUGAAGAAGCCUCGGUGUGGAGUUCCAGAUCAUCCCCACCUACGCCAUAGCCGGAGGAAAAAGCGGUAUGCGCUAACGGGACAAAAGUGGAGGCAGAAGCAUAUAACCUACAGUGUACACAACUAUACCCCCAAGGUUGGAGAGAUUGAUACAAGAAGAGCCAUUCGUCAGGCAUUUGAUGUUUGGCAGAGAGUGACACCACUUACAUUUGAAGAGGUCCCUUACCAUGAAAUUAAAAAUGACAGAAAGGAGGCAGAUAUUAUGAUAUUUUUUGCUUCUGGUUUCCAUGGAGACAGUUCUCCAUUUGAUGGAGAAGGUGGAUUCCUAGCUCAUGCUUACUUUCCUGGACCAGGAAUAGGAGGAGAUACUCACUUCGAUUCAGAUGAGCCAUGGACCCUGGGAAAUUCUAAUCAUGAUGGGAAUGAUCUCUUUCUGGUUGCAGUCCAUGAGCUGGGACAUGCACUGGGUCUGGAACACUCCAAUGAUCCCAGUGCUAUCAUGGCUCCUUUCUACCAGUACAUGGAAACACACAACUUCAAACUGCCCCAGGAUGACCUCCAAGGAAUUCAGAAAAUCUAUGGUCCUCCUGUUGAGCCCCUGGAGCCAACCAGGCCUUUACCGACUCUUCCUGUUCGCAGAAUUCACUCCACAUCAGAAAGAAAACACGAGAGACAGCCAAGACCUCCUAGUCCUCCUCUGGGUGAUAGGCCAUCUCCUCCCGGCAUGAAACCAAACAUCUGUGAUGGCAACUUUAACACCGUGGCUCUCUUUAGAGGAGAAAUGUUUGUUUUCAAGGAUCGCUGGUUCUGGCGUCUGCGCAACAACCGAGUGCAGGAGGGAUAUCCCAUGCAAAUUGAGCAGUUCUGGAAAGGCCUCCCUGCAAAGAUUGAUGCAGCCUAUGAGCGAUCUGAUGGAAAAUUCGUUUUCUUCAAAGGAGACAAAUACUGGGUUUUUAAAGAAGUGACAGCAGAGCCAGGAUACCCACACAGUCUGGUGGAGCUGGGCAAUUGUCUGCCCCGGGAAGGCAUUGACACGGCUCUGCGUUGGGAGCCAGUAGGCAAAACCUACUUCUUCAAAGGUGACAGGUACUGGAGGUACAAUGAGGACAAGAGAGCAACGGACCCAGGAUACCCAAAGCCCAUCACCGUGUGGAGAGGAAUCCCUCAGGCUCCACAGGGAGCUUUUAUCAGCAAAGAAGGCUUUUAUACCUACUUUUACAAAGGGAAGGAGUAUUGGAAGUUCGAUAAUCAGAGGCUGAGUGUGGAGCCAGGCUACCCCAGGUCAAUCCUCAAAGACUGGAUGGGCUGUAACCAGAAGGACGUUGAACGAAGCAAAGACAGACGCCUCCCCCAUGACGAUGUGGAUAUUAUGGUGACAAUAAACGAUGUGCCUAGCACUGUAAAUGCAAUUGCGGUUGUGAUCCCUUGCAUUUUGUCUCUGUGUAUCCUUGUCUUGGUAUACACAAUCUUCCAGUUUAAAAACAAAGAGGUGCAGCAAAAUGUUGUGUAUUACAAAAGACCUGUCCAGGAAUGGGUAUGACAUAGCCUGCUGCACAUUUCAACUCAUUAUCUGAUGAGGACUAUGGACAAAAAAAAAAAAAAAAGAAAAAAAAAAAUGCAUUCAACAGCCUACCAAACAAAACUACUUCAAUGACCUACAAGUUUUGGACAGCCUGGGACUAAAAGAAGCAGGAAAACUGGAAAAAAAUACAGGCAGUCUUGCAGUGUGGAGCCUCUUUCCUUCUUACUGCCUCAGCCGCAUGUCAGUCUUGGUGUGCCGUCCUCCACAGGCUCACUCUGCUAACAUCAGUCUUCAAGACAGGUUUCAACUGACUGGGAAACUUCCUUCAGUUCCCUGCAUCAGUGCUCCCUGUUAAACCCAGCAUUCUCCAGUGUAGCUAAACCACCUCUGAACAGAACCAUUUUUUUAAUAGCUGUCUCAUAAAUGAAUUAAGAUCAUGAAAUCUAUGAACAGGAACAAUUCAGUGUCAUAAGCAGAAGACAUUCUGAUGCUGAACCAUUCUAAAAGAUCUUCUUAGUUUAUUACAAAUUCCAGGAAAUUACCUGGAUACAGUUUUCCAAUACCUGCUGGUCAGAUGUUUUGUACAUUCAUAACUAAUCAACGCUGCCACUCAGCACAGUGCAUGAAGAACCACUAAGCACUCAGAGAGGUAAAUGAGUGCAGAGCAGAAGCUCAAGCAGCACCAAACCAGACACCAUAAUGUUACCUGGCAACACCAAGCCCUAGAUUGGGACAAGCUGAAGAGAAAGUAAGUGGGUCCAAAAAACCAAUCAUGGGAAUAAUCAUUUUUGGUUUGGGAGCCAUUCAUGAAACAAAUAUUUACAUGUCAUAUGAUGUUGUUUUAAGCUCCCAUCAGCAAGAAACAAUGAACCAAUGGUCACCGAUCUACUGAAAAAUAUGUAUAGACGUAGACUGCACUCUGCUCCUGUUAAGAUGCUGGGAAAAGAUGAAUUGUUGUUACGUGGCAUGUAUAACUAGAUUGUGGAAUUUGUAUGUUGGGUUUCAGGAGAAUGGAAAUGUUUGUUUGGAGUGAGACCAUCAUCAUAUUUUGCUGAAAUAGUCAAGAUACAGUAAGAAUUAGGCCUGUUUAUAAAACUAAAUCCAAUCCCUGUAGAUGUUACAAACAUUGUACGCCUUCAGAAUUUGUUGGUUUUGCUCACUUCUUCACAGGGAAAUAUUUGGCAAAGACCAAAGGAAGCAUGCCACACCAUAGAAUAUGUUCAUCACUAGCCACAUUUGACAGAGACAUAAAAAUCAGGUAAAGGCUAGAUAAAUAUCUGAGCUUUCAGCAAGUAACUUUUCACAAGUCUCUUCCUACAACAGUAGCUUCUGCUUAUCCCUCUUACAGUUGUGAAUGGUUUAGGAUGUUGUGUCCUAACCACAGACUUUGUCCAUUUUGUUGUUGAUGAUGAUGUUUUUACCAUGUUAACUAAGAGUUUCUUGCAAUGCAAUAUAAUGGUGAAGUCCAGCCCUGUACAGAAGUGCCAUUUAUGUAAGUGUAUGAACUGCUUUGCACACUCAACAUAAGGAAUAGGCAAUUUGUGUCAGCCCUCGGCCUAUAACUGAAUUUUAUUCAGUGCAAUGGAAGUGCAAUGCACAGAAUGUCCAGUUAGUCUAGAAAAAGUACAGCUUUAUAAUGUCAGCUGUGAAAAAAAUCCAAGGAUGAGAAACACACUAAAAAUAUUCCUAGUUACAAUUAUAAGGAAUGAAGAAGCAGAAAGCUUGUUAGCAUUUUGAAUUUCUAACUAGUGCUCAAAUAUUGCUAUGGUGAAGCAGGAUAGACAAAUAGAUACUUCUAGUGAAACCCACUAGGACUGCAUAACAUGCGGUCUCAAACUGUAUUUUGUCCUUCAUAAUUGAUUUCCAUAGCCAAGCUGUUUAUUGUGUUUAAACAUAACAAAAAAAAAUAUUACACACAUAUUACAAAAUAAGCGAGAAGCUAGUAGAUGCAAAACUUUGAAUUUUAGUGAAAAAAAUGUGAUAAUGUCUCAUGAUGGGUGAAGGAGUGCAAAGGACCAAAUGAAAUCAGAGCUACUAAUUAGACACCCCCCACACAUGCUACUCCGUACGUUGCUAUGUGUACUAUGUAUGUGGUAGAAUGCACACUAUGAACGCCACAGCCACAUGGCACAUUGAACUCAUCUGUACGCUGCCAUCUCUUCUGGGACUGUGACGCCCCAAACCUUUGAGCAACUUCCAACAGCCAUCAUUAAAAAAAAAAAAAAAAAAAAAAAUUUACAACCUCGA